AUGGGCCAAGGUUGGGCUCCUCCGGGACUGCCCAGCCUCCUCCUCCUGCUGCUCUGCUGUGAGCAACCCCUGCUGGUCCCCGGCCAGGUGACAACCAGCCAGACAGCAAUCACCCAAGGGAUAAUCAGCCAGACCACAACCAGCCAGACCACAACCAGCCAGACCUCAACCAGCCAGGCCACAACCAGCCAGACCACAACCAACUGGACAACCCAGAGCCCAAACUUGGUGACAGAUGAGGUUGAGGCCCAGAAGUUUGUGGAAGAAUAUGACAAGACAGCCCAGGUCAUCUGGAACGAAUAUGCUGAGGCCAACUGGAACUACAACACCAACAUCACCCAAGAGACCAGCAAGAUUCUGCUGCAAAAGAACCUGGAGUUGGCAAACCACACCCUGAAGUAUGGCACCUGGGCCAGGCAGUUUGAUGUGACCAACUUCCAGAACACUACCACCAAGCGGAUCAUAAAGAAGGUUCAGGACCUGGAUCAGGCGGCGCUGCCUGUUGAGGAGCUGGAGCAGUACAACCAGAUCCUGCUGGACAUGGAGACCACUUACAGCGUGGCCUCCGUGUGCCAUCUAAAUGGCACUUGUCUACAGCUAGAGCCUGAUCUGACGAAGCUGAUGGCCACAUCCCGGAACUAUGAAGAGCUGUUAUGGGCAUGGGAGGGCUGGAGAGACAAGGUGGGGAGAGCCAUCCUUCCUCUUUUCCCCAAAUACGUGGAACUCAGCAACAAGGCUGCGAAGCUCAACGGCUACAAAGAUGCAGGGGACUCGUGGAGAGCUAUGUAUGAGACACCAUUGCUGGAACACGACCUGGAGCUGCUCUUCCAGGAGCUUCAGCCACUCUACCUGAACCUGCACGCCUACGUGCGCCGUGCCCUGCACCGCCACUAUGGGCCCCAGAACAUCAAUUUGGAGGGCCCUAUUCCUGCACAUCUACUGGGGAACAUGUGGGCCCAAACCUGGUCCAACAUCUAUGACUUGGUAGUGCCCUUCCCUUCGGCCCCCAAGCUGGAUGCCACCGAGGCUAUGAUAAACCAGGGCUGGACACCCAAAAGGAUGUUUGAGGAAGCCGACAAUUUCUUUGCUUCCUUGGGGCUGCUGCCCGUUCCUCCGCUGUUCUGGAACAAGUCGAUGCUGGAGAAGCCGACAGAUGGGCGGGAGGUGGUGUGCCAUGCUUCCUCCUGGGACUUCUACAAUGGCGAGGACUUCCGGAUCAAGCAGUGCACCACUGUGGACAUGGAAGACCUGGUGGUGGCCCACCACGAAAUGGGCCACAUACAGUAUUUCAUGCAGUACAAGGACUUGCCUUUGGCCCUACGGCAGGGUGCCAACCCUGGCUUUCAUGAAGCCAUUGGGGAUGUGCUGGCCCUCUCGGUUUCUACGCCCCAGCACCUACACAGCAUCAACCUGCUGAGUAGCGAGGGUGGCGGCUACGAGCACGACAUCAAUUUUCUAAUGAAGAUGGCACUGGACAAGAUCACGUUUAUCCCCUUCAGCUACCUCAUCGACCAGUGGCGCUGGAGGGUAUUUGACGGAAGCAUCAACAAGGAGAACUACAACCAGGAGUGGUGGAGCCUCAGGCUGAAGUACCAGGGCCUCUGCCCCCCUGUGCCCAGGUCUCAAGGUGACUUUGACCCGGGGGCCAAGUUCCACAUUCCUUCAAGUGUGCCUUACAUCAGGUACUUCGUCAGCUUCGUGAUCCAGUUCCAGUUCCAUGAGGCACUGUGCCAGGCAGCUGGGCAUCAGGGCCCCCUGCACAAGUGUGACAUUUACCAGUCCAAGGAGGCAGGGAAGCGCCUGGCGGACGCCAUGAAGCUGGGCUUCAGUAAGCCAUGGCCGGAAGCCAUGAGACUGAUCACAGGACAGCCCAACAUGUCCGCCUCAGCCAUGAUGAACUACUUCAAGCCGCUGCUGGACUGGCUCCUCACUGAGAACGGGCGGCACGGGGAGAAGCUGGGCUGGCCCCAGUACAACUGGACACCAAACUCUGCUCGCUCAGAAGCCUCCCUCACGGGCAGCGGCCGCGUCAACUUCCUGGGCCUGGACCUGGAGGCGCACCAGGCCCGUGUGGGCCAGUGGGUGCUACUCUUCCUGGGCGUCGCCCUGCUGGUGGCCACCUUGGGCCUGACCCAGCGGCUCUUCAGCAUCCGCCAGCACAGCCUCCGCCAUCUACAGCGAGGGCCCCAGUUUGGCUCCGAGGUAGAGCUGAGACACUCCUGA